UUGGGAACGGACGGAUCGGGACUUCCUGUUAUUAGACGCUUUGAUUGCGUACUACAGAAAAGAGAAGAAACAUGAGCGCAUGUUAAUAUCUCCGUUAAUCUGAACGUGUUAUCUAGUGUGUCCCAUAGUGUCCGUGUGAGUCUGAAGCAGUCAGUAAGUAUGCCAAUGUCUGACCGCUCGAGCUCUGACGGCGGCGGGGAGCCUCGGAGCCCUCGGAGCCGGAGACCCCGGACUCGUUCCCGCAGCCGCAACCGCGGGGACAGCCGUGAACGGAGCCUGUCUCCGGAUAGCUUUGGCCCCAAACUCCCGAAGCCACGCAACAGGGAGAGGGAAUGCGAGGAGCGGGAGCGCCGAUUCAAAGAGGCAAAAACCCUCAGACGGAUCCGCAUAGGAAGCCCCCACCGGAGCCGGUCACGGUCCCGGUCCAGAGAGCGGCACACCAACAACAACAACAACACCAACAACAGCAGCAGCAGCAGCAGCCACAACCACUGGCCCGAGCAGCGCGACGCUCCGGGAAAACACGGGAGCUCCAAAGACGACUACUACUACGAGCAGCAGAGGGACGAUGCUCAGAGACAGAGACAGGAGGCUUUUAUUGCCAGGCGUCUGCAGGAGCGGGAGAGGAUCGGUGAGCUAGGUUGUCCUGAAGUUUGGGGAUAUUCACCAAGAGUGAAGGAGCCAGACUCUGAUGAAUUCACUCCGGUUGAAGACGAGAAAAACAGCAGCUCAGAAUCGAGCUCAGAAGAAGAGAAGAGGAAGAAAAAGAAGAGGAAGAAAUCCAAGAAAAGAAAGAACAAAAAGCACUCAGAGGAUAGUGAGCUGCAAUCCGAUUCAGAUGAAGAAGAAGUAAAGAAGAAGAAAAAGAAAAAGAAGAGCAAAAAGUCUAAGAAGUCCAAGAAGAAAAAGGCGAAGAAGAGCCGCAAGGAGUCCAGCAACUCUAGUAGUGAAGAGUCAGAGGAGGAAGAGGAGGAGGAUCCUAACGCGGUGAUGUGGGUGGAGAAAACCUGCAUGGACGAACAUGUGGUUGGGCCUGAAGCGCCACUCACCCAUAUGUCCCAGGACGACAGACCUUUGGAUUUUGGCCAUGCACUGUUGCCAGGUGAAGGUGCUGCGAUGGCGGAGUACGUGAAAGCAGGCAAACGUAUCCCUAGAAGAGGAGAGAUCGGUCUCACCAGUGACGAGAUCGCAAACUUUGAGAAGUCUGGCUAUGUGAUGAGCGGCAGCAGACAUCGUCGUAUGGAGGCUGUGCGUCUGAGAAAGGAGAACCAGAUCUACAGUGCAGAUGAAAAGAGAGCUUUGGCAUCCUUCAACCAGGAGGAGAGGAGGAAGAGAGAGAGCAAGAUCCUGUCCAGCUUCAGGGAGAUGGUUUACCGGAAAACCAAAGGCAAGGAGGAGAAGUGAACGUCACAUUUCUUAGAUCACCCUUUACUGGACAUCUUUUGUUUUUGUGACUUAAGAGUAAAGUUUUAUUUGUUUUGGAGGAUAACCACAUUCAGCUUUAAAGGAAUGUGCAGUGUGUAGGGAGGAUUUUAUUGUAAAGAAAUGUGUCUGAAAUGGUAAUCAGUUGUAUUAUUAUUAUCCAUCCUAUUUACUCACUGGAACUGGUCUUUCCUUUCAAUUGUUUCAUUAUUUUUUUUCUUGUACAUUUUAGCAAAUGAUCCUGGUCAGAACCAUAAAUAAAAUUUCAUUAUCAAGUCA